AUGGAGAAGCGCAUCAUGGAGAAGGAGUCCUUGCAAGCUCUUCGUAAGUGCGAUGGAGUACCAGCGUCUGCCAUUGAGAUCGUGGAGAGUGAGCUCAAGGCGGCGCGAGCGGAGGUGCAGUCCAAGAAGCCAGUGUUGUCCCGUGCCACCACGUUGGGCCACAAGCUGGCGGACAAGCAGAAGAAGUUCGAGGCUCUCGACAAGUCAAUUGCGGAGCAGAAUAAGGUUGUGGAGCAGGCGCAGCGGACGUUGGCGGAGCUCAACGACCGACAACGCAGCCUGCGCGUGGACAUCGGUGCACUCAAGAUCGAGCUGCAGGCGGCGAUGCAGCAGGUGGCGCCCUCGGCCCCCGAGCAGCAGGUGGAGGUCGACCUGGAGCUUGACCCGAGCGUGCUCGAGGGCCCUGAGGCGGAUGGGGUCAAGACGAUGCUGGCCUCGCCCGAGUUCGCCAAGUUCAAGGAGCUCUAUGCGGCCAAGGCGGCAGCGGCGCGUGACCAGCAGCAG